UCCAAGCGCUCGUCUGAUCGUCAACCACCGCGGCUCGUUCAUACCACGAGCCAGGACAAAUGCGGGAAAUCGCGCUUUGAAGUGUCGGACUCAAUUCCUGCCAGUGCAAUGCUGCGCUAUCUGAGAGCGUCUCAGCUCUAUCUCGCCGGGACUCUGGCGCUCCAUAUUCAGUCCCAGCAGCUGCGUCGCCAGGUCUCAUAGACGUCUUCUGCCACGAAUCCCCGACCCUCCACGCCAUCCACGAGCUAUUCGACGCUGCGUUUCUGGAUCGACUACUCCCACCUUUCGAAUCACCGACGGGUACAUGCGCUGCACGGGAGCACCAGGAAGGGCAUGGGAGCGGGACGAGAAGGCGGAAGCGGAAGAGCACUACGCUCGUAUACGGGUUGAUGCAGAGCCCAGAGGCUUGGGAUUUAGACUCGACGUCGAACCGUUCGCUGACGGCGGAUGGAGCGUAAGCAUUCAGCUUGACGCUGUCUCCCUUUCUGGACGCGUUUCAUUGGUUGGCAAUGGACUUGGAUGCGACGCAGAUGACAGGCAGUCUUGAGCGUGUGCGCCUCUUCCCGUGCUGAACAUGUAUCAACCAGUGAAUGAACUCGGCAGACCAGGGCUGAAACGCUCACCUGACCCUACCUGACCCUGCACACUCUCUUGAAUCUGCGCGGGGUUCACUAUAGAACGCACGUACAAGGAGGCUUUCUACCGUGCCUUUGGAUGGGUGUAUGCGCAUCAUCCGUGCGCGGCCAUCGCGAAUCAGCCGGAGCUGGUGUCGCCUGAGUGCGUGCUGCAACGUGAUAGUCAGCGUUCCACGGAUAUUGACAGGAUCCGCUCAACAUUCCUGCCUCCGCCAAAACCGACGAGCUGGGUCCCGAGACACGACCGUCGUCGUUUUAGCAUUCAUGUGCAGGGAACGCGGGCGCUGAUCCGGAGAGAAAAGAGUUCUAGAAUGCUCUCGCACUCGACACCGAUCCCGUGGGUCUCAUCAAGGCUCGCCGUGCAUCGCGAGGUGCUGCGAAUCACGCUCGACUUGUCACGAAGCUCGCGGAGGAUCCGAAAUGCCGCGCUCUGUUCAUCGCUGUGGCUCCAUUGCUUGCCGAGUAGCUUUUCCAGGGGUGGCAGACGUUGCGUGCGGAGAAGCUUGAAUCGGGGCCAGAGUGAUUUGCAAUGCUACGAGAGAUAUCAGUCGCUCCGAAGCAGGCCCCGUAGUCCAAUGGGCGCCCACAACCGGGUCACGAACAUCUGGACUGCAAUCGCGCAGCUGAUCUAUCAAUCAAGGAGGAACCCGAUUCCUGAGAGGCUAUUUCCUACGAUGCUGUCCGCCGACCCCGACUCCCAUGCAGCAGCGGACGUUAUGUGUUCGUACUAUUAGCGCUGGGUGCUAUCUCCGUUGCGCGUUGCAACACAGGUCACGCAGACGCUCGUGUCUUCGAACCUGUGGAUGGAGAUCCGAUAUUCGCGUGUGCCCUCGAUCCGCAUGAAGAACAAUCAUGAGUACUUCUCCGCGCAUGACCCCGAGUCCGAGAGGUUCCUGGUGUUGGUGAACCAGUCCCGGAAGGUCAUCAGCGAGGCGGCUCUGCUUCCGUACCAGAUCGUCACCAAGAUCCUCCGAACGUCGCACCAAAUGAUUGGGAAGGGCAACUGAUACCCAGAGCUGCAGAGAGUGUUAGUGCAGCAGGGCGCUGUGUCGUUGCGGGUCAUGGAAGCACAAUGAAACGCGCUCGUCAGCAGGCGCGAUUAGGGAUCGCUAGACAGUACAGUCGCGGUCUGCGAUGUGUCCGUGUCCAUGGGUGCGCUUUCAGGCAGCCGCCGUGAUGUCGAUCCGAACUUUGCAGCGGUGCCGCUGCUGCUUUCACAGCUUGCACCUCCUCCGUUCGGCAAUGGCUUCAACAUGUGCUCGCAGAACCCUUACUUCGUGCGCCCCGAUCCACAAAAACCGCUGCACGAGCUGGCGCGCGAGAUGUCGCACGCGGAAUGGGGCAUGAACGCGGAUCUGAAUGGCCUCUUCAGGCGCUGGCUCCUCCCGUUGGGGGUCAAGCAUCGCGUAAACAAGAAGGUCAUGGUCAAGCACCUCGUAAUGUUCUCGGACAUGCAGUUUGAUCAGGCGGAGACACCAGACGAUGCCGGCUGGAAUACAAAUCACGAGGCGCUGAAGCAGCUGUACGAGCAUUACUGGUAUGACGUUGUUUUGGGAUCUCAGUCAACAUCGCGAGCGGUGUAGACACGACUAAGAGGGUGGCCCCGUUCUCUCCCGCCAUGCUCAAGCUGUUCAGGGAGACGGUGAUGGGGGCGUUCCAUCCGUGGCAGGAGUCCCUGAAAUCCGUCUUCACUCCCUUGGCUCUUACCCCAUACAAAUGCUCUACCCCCGAACCAAUCUUGUGUAUAUAACACGUCGCGCUGUCUUCAUCAGAACUGUGCUCCCACUGAGAUUUUGACCAUUUCCGUACUGCGAGUGAGUGUUUCUCAUGGAACGUCAGGGGAAAGAUCGUUCGGCAAUAAGAACGAAACUUGAUUCGCAUCGGGAUCGAACCGAUGACCUCUCGCGUACCUGGGCAUGUAAAGCGAGCGUUAUAACCACUAAACUAGCGAACCUGGGCGCGAAAUUCUGGCUGGCGCUUAGGAAUGCGACGCCCAUGACGAAAUGAGUUGCAUGCCUUUUGCCUCACUAGCGUGUCCAUUGCUUGAAAGAAUAUGCAAAAAGAAACUCCCGCGGCUGCAUCCUUACUAGACACUGCGGAGGGGCUGUAACUUAUUCAACAAGGGACGCAUUCCAUGUCACAGAGUCUGUGACAUCACCACGUAGGAGGCAUUGUUGUCUUUCCAGCGAGCAAUGGAUGAAUGGCCAACUUUACAAAUACCACCCAAGGAAGAAAUAGAAACAUGCCACUCAUCUGCACCUGCUCGGCACUCCUCCACUUAUGUCCAUUCUCCCUCGCCUCUACUCUCUGCACAGACGACCCUGCUCUGACAGAGACCUUGCCACCAUCCUCGAGUUCCGGAAUGCGCUUCGAAGACACUUGGAGCUCCCGAUGUGGAAUUCGAUUCUUCCGCAGCUAAGUUCGGAGCGGUAUCUCAAGGAGCAGAAGAUGUACACCACACUGAAGGCUUCUCUGGCCCGCUUUGACGAGCUUCUACGCGCCGGCAUCCAUCGGCUCCCGGCUGACGUCCUCAGCCUCAUAUUCCGUAAAGUGGUUCUCUCCUGUGCCACCGGCCACUCCACUGUGCAGGCGUCCAUACUGGCCGGUGUGACGCGUCAAUGGCGCUUGAUCCUGCUUGCUGAAUGCAACGCGGAUUUGUGGACCCACGUUGAACUGCACGUCGCACGGCUCUGGAUGCCGUUCUUUACGCGCUUAUGUUUCAACCGAGCCGGCACUCAACAUCUUUCGCACAUCACCGUUCUCGUGCAGCGCGAGUUCUGUCCGUACGCCGUAGCAGAUGCGAUCAAGCUCGUCACCACACGCCUCCGCUACACCAAAUCUUUGCGGAUCCACUUCGAAGACGAGGCCUUGCCACCGGUGGAUCAGCCGCGAGCCAAGUACAAGUUCUGGCCGAUUCCGAAAGCGGCGAGCUGGGAGGACGAGAAUUAUCCUCUGGACGAGUUUGAGUUCGACGUUCCGAAGGGCAGCGAGGUGGAUGUUUGGCUGGCAGAGUUCCUUUGGCGUGCGGGGAGACUCGACCGGCGCGGCAAGCCAAUCAGAAGGCUCGUGGAAGACAUAUUAGAGCUACCCACGUGGCAGGAGAGAGAGAGGAAAUUGAAUUAGCGAAAUCGAGAGCGAAGUUUACGAAGACGAUCUAUGACAGAUCAUUUUACAUCAAAUGCCAAC